AUGGGGGCGUUCCUGGACAAGCCUAAGACAGAGAAGCACACGGCCCAUGGUGAGGGCAAUGGGCUGCACUACGGCCUGAGCUCCAUGCAGGGCUGGCGUGUGGAGAUGGAGGAUGCCCACACCGCCAUGGUGGGCCUGCCCCACGGCCUCACCGACUGGUCCUUCUUCGCCGUCUACGACGGGCAUGCCGGCUCCCGCGUCGCCAACUACUGCUCCGGCCACCUACUGGAGCACAUCCUAUCAGGGGGGGCGGAAUUCACCCCGGGGACGGGCUCAGUGGAGGGCGUUAAGGAUGGGAUCCGCGCGGGCUUCCUGAAGAUCGACGAAUACAUGCGCAGCUUCUCGGACCUGCGGCAGGGGCUGGACCGCAGCGGCUCCACGGCGGUGGGCGUGCUGCUAAGCCCCUCCCACCUCUACUUCAUAAACUGUGGCGACUCCCGGGCUGUGCUGAGCCGAGAUGGACGAGUGGGAUUCUCUACACAGGUACAAUAUAAUACACUAGAUUAGGGAUGCAAAUUUCGGUCCAUUUUGCUGCCGACUAAACGACCCCCAUUAACCAGUUAAAAAUCGGUUACAUUUGUUCCAAACAGUAAAAUGACGUGACCAACAGGAAAGGCUAUGCAUGCGUACAAGGAACGAACAUCUUUCAUUAAAGGCCCAGUGCCGUCAAAAACGUGUUUUAUACACGGUGUACAAAACAUUAGGAAUACCCGUUCUUUCCAUUACAUAGACUGACCAGGUGAAUCCAGUUGAAAGCUAUGAUCCCCUGUUAAAUCGACUUAAAUCAAAAUAUUUAAGUGCCUUUGAGCAGGGUAUGGUAGUAUGUGCCAGGCGCACCGGGUUGAGUGUGUCAAGAACUGCACCGCUGCUGGGUUUUUCAUGCUUAACAGUUUCCCGUGUGUAUCAAGAAUGGUCCACCACCCAAAGGACAUCCAGCCAACUUGACACAACUGUGGGAAGCAUUGGAGUCAACAUGGGCCAGCAUCCCUGUGGAACGCUUUCGACAUCUUUUAUAGUCCAUGCCCCAACGAAUUGAGGCUGUUCUGAGGGCCAAAGGGUAUACAACUCAAUAUUAGGAAGGUGUUCCUAAUGUAUUGUACACUCGGUGUAUACAGUUGAAGUCAGAAGUUUACAUACACUUAGGUUGGAGUCAUUAAAACUCGUUUUUCAACCACUCCAUACAUUUCUAGUUUUGGCAAGUCGGUUAGGACAUCUACUUUGUGCAUGACACAAGUCAUUUUUCCAACAAUUGUUUACAGACAGAUUAUUUCACUUAUAAUUCACUGUAUAAUGCUGUGACCCAUGCACAAUUCCAAUGGGUCAGAAGUUUACAUAAACUAAGUUGACUGUGCCUUUAAACAGCUUGGAAAAUUCCAGAAAAUGAUGUCAUGGCUUUAGAAGCUUCUGAUAGGCUAAUUGACAUAAUUUGAGUCAAUUGGAGGUGUACCUGUGGAUGUAUUUCCAGGCCUACCUUCAAACUCAGGAACUAGGAAAAGGGGGGGGGGGGGGCUUGCAAGCCGAAGAACACCAUCCCAACCAAGGGUGGCAGCAUCAUGCUGUGGGGGUGCUUUGCUGCAGCAGGGCCUGGUGCACUUCACAAAAUAGAUGGCAUCAUGAGGAAGGAAAAUUAGGUGGAUAUAUUGAAGCAACAUCUCAAGACAUCAGUCAGGAUGUUAAAGCUUGGUCGCAAAUGGGUCUUCCAAAUGGACAAUGACCUCAAGCAUACUACCAAAGUUGUGGCAAAAUGGCUUGUGCGAGCAAGGAGGCCUACCAACCUGACUCAGUUACACGAGCACUGUCAGGAGGAAUGGGCCAAAAUUCACCCAACUUAUUGUGGGAAGCUUUUGGAAGGCUACCCGAAACGUUUGACCCAAGUUCAACAAUUUAAAGGCAAUGCUACCAAAUACUAAUUGAGUGUAUGUAAACUUCUGACCCACUGGGAAUGUGAUGAAAGAAAUAAAAGCUGAAAUAAAUCAUUCUAUCUACUAUGAUUCUGACAUUUCACAUUCUUAAAAUAAAGUGGUGAUCCUAAAUGACCUAAGACAGGGAAUUUUUACUAGGAUUAAAUGUCGGGAAUUGUGAAAAACUGAGUUUAAAUGUAUUUGGCUAAGGUUUAUGUACACUUCCGACUUCAACUGUAUAUUUCCACACUGAGGUUGGAAUAAUACUGUGAAAUUGUUAAAAUGAAAAUGAAAAAAAAAAAAAAAAAAAAAAAAAUGAUGAUAAUGCCUUUUGAGUGUAAGAGCAGUUUUAAAAGACCGCCUGAAAUUUCAUACUGUUUUGAUGGGAUGGAGUUUUGGCCUGCCUGGUGACAUCACCAGCCAGUAAAUUAGUUAAUAGACCGAUAAGAGUUCCAGACCUCUUUGCCAAUAACAGCUCAUUUUCAGUUUUCCCCUCCCCACUCAGACCACUCCCACACAGUCCUAGCUAAAUUUUUGCUUGAGAAAUUGCUCAUGGCUAAUAAGAUUAUUUUUUAGUUGUUGUCAAUUUUAAUUGAAAACAAUCACAGUACGGUACUUAAUUCGGGAGCUUGGGACUAUAAGGUUCUAUUUGUAUUUUUGUCAAAAUAUAGUUAUUGACAAUGACAAAACCUUGUUCUGUUCAAUCAGGGCAUACCACUAACUUUUUGGUCCACCAGCCACUGUGGCAGGCAGAUAAAAAAAAUCUACCAGCCACUGAGAUUUUUUACCAGCCAAAAUAGUAUUUUUCCCACUACAAUUACACCAAAACACAAAAAAAAACUGAUGAGCAUGCAUUGUAAUGUCUCUAAAACAAUAAAUGUAUUACUAGUAAAAAGUAAUGUGGUAUAUUGUUUAAUUAAAUUUUUUGUGACCUGAGUCUUUUAACCAAAAUAUCACAGAUGAGACAAACAUUUUUACCUGCCCCUUUAAGUGUAGGAGGUUACCGUGGUAGCGCAACUUGUCAUGUUUGUGCCUGUGGGAUUGAGAAACUGACUAGUAUCGGUGUUGCUUCUCUUCCCUAGCAAUUGAAACGCAAACAUAGAAAGACAACCCAGCGUGUGAAGCAAAAAAAUGUAUAGCCAAGAAACACAAGAAAAAAGCCUCACUUCAGUAGACUUUUUAGUUUCAAGUAAAUUAAACCAACUUGUAUGCCUGUGCACAGCACUUUUAAAAAUGAAUAUUUCACCCAGCUCUUGACAUGCACACAGCCCCCAGCCAGGCAGUGUUGCAGCGAGAGGUGGAAUAGGCUAUAUAGGAUUCGGAGUUCUUUGACUUUGUGCGAUUUAAUUUACCGGCUAUGAAACUAAACGGCAGAAAUAAUUUGAAAAAGCUAAUGCAACAUUUAUUUUACUAUAAAUGUGAUCAUACUUGACUACUUUUAUUCAGAAAUGUGAGUGAAAUGCUCGCACUGUGGAGCCCUGACCACCCGCCAACGUGGCUGGUGAAAUAGACAUCUUACCUGCCAAUGCAUGUGGCGGGUGUUAAUUAAGUGAUAAUGCCCGAGAAGCUUGUGUUUGUUGGAUAUAUUGGCACGGGUGUUGUUAGGCCUGAGACAAAGUCGAGGGCCGACAAACUGUGCCAAUAUAUCCAACAAACACCGGUUUCGAGGGCAUUAUCGCUUUUAUACAACGGGUUACCAACAUAUUCAAAUAAUGAUUGACAUAUUUUCAUUAAAAAUGUUGUUUUGAGUAAUUUAUUCGUACUAUUUCAUCCUUCCACAAGAUAUAGUCCAGACACAAAUCUAGGGUUGCUAUGGACACGACCCAGUCGUUCGUUCUAAAUGUUCCAUUGCCAUACUGGCUGGCAACGUUCUUAUGCCUUGCUUGCUAGCUAGCCAACUACGGCUAAUUUACAGUUACGUCAAAAAGUUCAGCCAGAAUAACAGCCAGCAAAGUUUUGCAUUUGUUUAAGCUGUUUUCUAGUGACAUUUAUUUGGAUACAUCCAUAACAAUCAGCUUAUGAUGCACGACUUUGCCUAGCAGAGAAAAUGUGCUCUGUUGUCAGGACGCUGUUCAGACAAAAGAAAGGCAAUCCAUGACAUUCAUUUGAGCUGAUUUUAAUAAAUGAAACCAUACAUUCUCUUUUGUUAUCCACCACAGCUGACAUCGCUAUAGCUACUUAUUGUAUGUCACAUUAAUCUGUACAUUCCCCUGGAUGGUGCAUUGGUUGAAAUUUCUGUCAGAGUCUGUGCUACAACUUCUGCUGCCUUGCUUCAGCCUUUUGGGUGUUGGUGAUGCAGUGUUCUAUUUGUUUUCGGCCAGGAUGUUGCUCUAGCGUUUUCUGUCUGUCAGUGAGGGACGCCGGUAGCUAUGGAGCGAACCUUCGCACCGAUGCCCACUCACUGACAUCAUCUCCCUCACUUCUAAACCAGCAUUGACCAGUUUCUGGACUGUCGUGGUUCUGAUGAUUUGUGUGAUUUCUCCAGUGAUGCCACCGGGCAUAGUCGGUUUCCUGGCUGCUCAAACAUGAAUCCCCUCUUGGACUCCCUGCCCCUCUCCCUUGGGUCCAGAUGAUUCUUUGUGGCCUUGUUAUAUGCGAGAGUGCCGUAUCUGAGAGGGAGAAUGCGUUGUAAUAAUAUUGUUUUCCAGUAGCCUAAUUACGAGAGCAACUUAGAAAUAACACAAACAGGCUAUGAACAACAUACCUUAGACCGUUCUUGUCUGUUUUUACGAGAAAUGAGUUGCGCUUUAGUUGUCUGUUCCCCUCUUUUCUUCUUUGACCCAGAUGUAACUGGAGGUCGAACCACACUUUCUGGACCCCUUGGUGUACCGGGAUUCAGAGCCUGGGAGUUUUGGAGCUGGGCCAUGUCCUUAUUGGUGAUGGGAGGGUGGCUGUUUGUGAUAUAUUUUCCUUGCCUUCUUAGCUGUUUGAUGUUCCACAGAAAUACAUGAUUCGAGGUGAUAAAUGCAGUGUCCUUCAUAAGGCACCAGCUGCGACCGAUGGGUGGGUCAUUUAGAAACCGGUUGAGCCCACUCCGGAGUGCCAGGUAGCUACUUAUGCUGUACUGCUCCCCCCCAUUUCGUACAUUUCCAUAAAACUGUCGGAGAAGGAUGUUAAACACUUCCUUAGUGACAGUUUUGAAGUCAACAACUUUUUUCUUCUCUGCUAGCCAGCCCUCAGCACCGCACAGCCCAGUUUGUAUUCUUAACUGUGUUUUUUUCGUUGAGGCUUUUCUCUAGGUCAUUCAAUGCAGUAUCCCCCAAAUCUGCAUGCCUGGGUAUUAUUGCCAUCUCUUUUUCCCAUUCAUCUGUAGUCAUGCCGCCGAAAAGAUCAAAAUAAAUGUUCCACUCAUCCUCGCAACAAAGUAUCGAUUUAGCCAGUCAACUGAAAACAACUAUUAUGUUGCUAAGACAACCAGCUCAAUUUGCUGUCUGUCUCGUUCGGACACAUUCACUUUAUAUAAUAAUAAUAAUAAUAAUAUGCCAUUUAGCAGACGCUUUUAUCCAAAGCGACUUACAGUCAUAAUAUAUAUACACUCCCAGUCAAAAGUUUGGACACCUACUCAUUAUGGGACGGUGGAGAUCGCAAUUCAAUAUUGAAAAGGUCAGAGAGACCGACAGCAAGGUUUAUACAAAUCUCUGCUGUUGAAAACCAAAUGCUAGUCUAAAAGAAAUGGAGAUAAUGUCUAGAUGCUUUUUAUAGUGGAUCAAGUUUAUACAUUUCCUGGAAGGGUUGAUGCGCAGUCAGAUGGAACAGAGUAAAUAGGAAUUUUAACGUCAUAGAUUUAGCCGGUGGUAACUUGUGAAGUAGUCACCAGCUGGAAUGCAGUUUUAAUCAGCAUUCAGGAUUAGACCCACCUGUUGUAUAAACAACCUAUAUAGUACUCUAAAUAUCCCAAUUCAUGUUAAAUUCUAAAGAAUACAAGAUACAAAUUGCUGACUUCAUUCGAACAAAUGGGGGUUCUAAACUGUAAAGCCAGUUAUCUCAGGAUAAUCUUUUUGUAGAUAGAACCUUAUGGUCCCAAACUCUCAUUAUUAUCCAGAAAUGAUUUUGAAUAUGAGGUUAAAACGGCUGCAUUGGACCUUUUUUUAUUAUUUAAACAUUUCUUGAAGCUCUGUCAAAUUGGUUGUUGAUCAUUGCUAGACCAUUUUCAUUUCUUGCAAUAGAUUUACAAGCAGAUUUAAGUCAACUGUAACUCGGCCACUCAGGAACAUUCACUGUGUUCUUGGUAAACAACUCCAGUGUAGAUUUGGUCUUGUGUUUUAGGUUAUUAUCGUGCAGAAAGGUGAAUUAAUCUCCCAGUGUCCAGUGGAAAGCAGACUGAACCAGGUUUUCCUCUAGGAUUUUGCCAGUGCUUAGCUCCAUUCCGUUUCUUUUUUAUCCAGAAAAACUGCCCAGUCCUUAAAAAUUACAAGCAUACCCAAAACAUGAUGCAGCCACCACUAUGCUUGAAAAUAUGGGGAGUUAUACUCAGUAAUGUGUUGUAUUGGAUUUGUGUUCUUUACAAAAAUGUAAUUGCUUUGCCACACUUUUUGCAGUAAUACUUUAGUGCCUUGUUGCAAACAGGAUGGAUGUUUGGCAUAUUUUUAUUCUGUACAGGCUUCCUUCUUUUCACUCUGUCAAUUAGGUUAAUAUUGUGGAGUAACUACAAUGUUGUUGGUCCAUCCUCAGUCUUCUCCUAUCACAGCCAUUAAACUCAAACUAUUUUAAAGUCACCAAAUCCCUGAGCAGUUUCCUUCCUAUCCGACAACUGAGUUAGGAAGGACACCUGUAUCUUUGUAGUGACUGGGUGUAUUGAUACACCAUCCAAAGUGUAAUUAAUAACUUCACCAUGCUCAAAGGAAUAUUCAAUGUCUGCUUUUAAAAUAUAUAUAUAUAUUUUUUUUUAAAUCUACCAAUAGGUGCCCUUCGAGGCAUUGGAAAACCUCCCUGGUCUUUGUGGUUUGAAAUUCACUGCUCGACUGAGGGACCUUUACAGAUAAAUGUGUGUGUGUGGGGUACAGAGACGAUGCAGUCAUGUUAAACACUAUUAUUAACCCCCAAGACCGGUGCGUCAAUCUAAGUUACAUAACCAAAAAAUCCCCAUUUAAAUCAGUUAGUUUAAGUUGUUUUUUUUUGCGUUGGGUGCAUCUCAAUCCGCGAGUGUCGCACUUCCGCAUCUGCGGUGAAAGGUGGCAGAGCUAGAGCGGUGUUUGUCAGACCAUGAGACAUCUGAAAAUCGGCCUUCUUACGAAAACGUUUGUAGCGUCCUACAAACCAUUCAAAGAAAGGGGAGCCUCUCACGAGCACGUCAGUGUUCUCCGUUUUGCUCUUCGACCACCACAAGUGUCACGGGACUCAUCUGAAAGUAACCGGUACCGGUUUAAAAAACAAAUGGCGUAUGAAGGUAGUUUUGUGCCUACCCAAAAAAAGGGGUUAAAUGUGUAAAAAAUAUACAGUGGGGAGAACAAGUAUUUGAUACACUGCCGAUUUUGCAGGUUUUCCUACUUACAAAGCAUGUAGAGGUCUGUAAUUUUUAUCAUAGGUACACUUCAACUGUGAGAGACGGAAUCUAAAACAAAAAUCCAGAAAAUCACAUUGUAUGAUUUUUAAGUAAUUAAUUUGCAUUUUAUUGCAUGACAUAAGUAUUUGAUCACCUACCAACCAGUAAGAAUUCCGGCUCUCACAGACCUGUUAGUUUUUCUUUAAGAAGCCCUCCUGUUCUCCACUCAUUACCUGUAUUAACUGCACCUGUUUGAACUCGUUACCUGUAUAAAAGACACCUGUCCACAAGACACCUGUCCACACACUCAAUCAAACAGACUCCAACCUCUCCACAAUGGCCAAGACCAGAGAGCUGUGUAAGGACAUCAGGGAUAAAAUUGUAGACCUGCACAAGGCUGGGAUGGGCUACAGGACAAUAGGCAAGCAGCUUGGUGAGAAGGCAACAACUGUUGGCGCAAUUAUUAGAAAAUGGAAGAAGUUCAAGAUGACGGUCAAUCACCCUCGGUCUGGGGCUCCAUGCAAGAUCUCACCUCGUGGGGCAUCAAUGAUCAUGAGGAAGGUGAGGGAUCAGCCCAGAACUACACGGCAGGACCUGGUCAAUGACCUGAAGAGAGCUGGGACCACAGUCUCAAAGAAAACCAUUAGUAACACACUACGCCGUCAUGGAUUAAAAUCCUGCAGCGCACGCAAGGUCCCCCUGCUCAAGCCAGCGCAUGUCCAGGCCCGUCUGAAGUUUGCCAAUGACCAUCUGGAUGAUCCAGAGGAGGAAUGGGAGAAGGUCAUGUGGUCUGAUGAGACAAAAAUAUAGCUUUUUGGUCUAAACUCCACUCGCCGUGUUUGGAGGAAGAAGGAUGAGUACAACCCCAAGAACCAUGAGUACAACCCCAUGGUCUCCCGAGUGGCGUAGUGGUCUAAGGCCACUAGAGAUCCUGGUUCGAAUCCAGACUCUUUCGUAGCGGGCCGCGACCGGGAGACCCAUGGGGAUGGGGCCAUGUAUCGCGAGAUCUUGGCCAACAACCUCCUUCCCUCAGUAAGAGAAUUGAAGAUGGGUCGUGGCUGGGUCUUCCAGCAUGACAACGACCCGAAACACACAGCCAGGGUAACUAAGGAGUGGCUCCGUAAGAAGCAUCUCAAGGUCCUGGAGUGGCCUAGCCAGUCUCCAGACCUGAACCCAAUAGAAAAUCUUUGGAGGGAGCUGAAAGUCCGAAUUGCCCAGCAACAGCCCCGAAACCUGAAGGAUCUGGAGAAGGUCUGUAUGGAGGAGUGGGCCAAAAUCCCUGCUGCAGUGUGUGCAAACCUGGUCAAGACCUACAGGAAACGUAUGAUCUCUAUAAUUGCAAACACAGGUUUCUGUACCAAAUAUUACAUUCUGCUUUUCUGAUGGAUGAAAUACUUAUGUCAUGCAAUAAAAUGCAAAUUAAUUACUUAAAAAUCAUACAAUGUGAUUUUCUGGAUUUUUGUUUUAGAUUCCGUCUCUCACAGUUGGAAGUGUACCUAUGAUAAAAAUUACAGACCUCUACAUGCUUUGUAAGUAGGAAAACCUGCAAAAUCGGCAGUGUAUCAAAUACUUGUUCUCCCCACUGUAUAUGUAUUUCCUGAGUCUUUAAAAAAUAUCUCCUAGAUUUAGGACAGACAAUCUUGUUUCCAUGAUACAUUUUUUGACUGUCGUGUUUGCUAUUUAUGAAUGUGUUAUUCAAUGCGUUUCUAUGGCCGUUAGUAUUUUAUGAAAUAAUUGUUGUAUAUAUUUUUUUAAGACCUAAAGGGGUCCUAAAAUUCAAAAUCAUGUAGCAAAAUGAUCCAUAGUGUGACCCCCCCCCCCCCCUAGAUUAGGUUACUUUGAAGCAAUGUAAAACAUACCUCAUAUAAGGUCAAAUGUCCAGUUUUCCAAAAAAUAAGUAUAGUGCAUUUGGAAAGUAUUCAGACCCCUUGACUUUUUCCAAAUGUUAUUACAUUAGAGCCUUAUUCUAAAAUGGAUUUAAAAAAUAUACAGUGAGGGGGAAAAAAGUAUUUGAUCCCCUGCUGAUUUUGUACGUUUGCCCACUGACAAAGAAAUUAUCAGUCUAUAAUCUUAAUGGUAGGUUUAUUUGAACAGUAAGAGAUGGAAUAACAACAAAACAAUCCAGAAAAAAGCAUGUCAAAAAUGUUAUAGAUUGAUUUGCAUUUUAAUGAGGGAAAUAAGUAUUUGACCCCCUCUCAAUCAGAAAGAUUUCUGGCUCCCAGGUGUCUUUUAUACAGGUAACGAGCUGAGAUUAGGAGCACUCCUAAUCUCAUCUUGUUACCUGUAUAAAAGACACCUGUCCACAGAAGCAAUCAAUCAAUCAGAUUCCAAACUCUCCACCAUGGCCAAGACCAAAGAGCUCUCCAAGGAUGUCAGGGACAAGAGCCAAGCAGCUUGGUGAGAAGGUGACAUUUGGUGACAUUUGGUGACAGUUGGUGCGAUUAUUCGCAAAUGGAAGAAACACAAAAGAACUGUCAUUCUCCCUCGGCCUGGGGCUCCAUGCAAGAUCUCACCUCGUGGAGUUGCAAUGAUCAUGAGAACGGUGAGGAAUCAGCCCAGAACUACACGGGAGGAUCUUGUCAAUGAUCUCAAGGCAGCUGGGACCAUAGUCACCAAGAAAACAAUUGGUAACACUCUACGCCGUGCAGGACUGAAAUCUUGCAGCGCCCGCAAGGUCCCCCUGCUCAAGAAAGCACAUAUACAGUGCCAUCUGAAGAUUGCCAGUGAAAAUCUGAAUGAUUCAGAGGAGAACUGGGUGAAAGUGUUGUGGUCAGAUGAGACCAAAAUCGAGCUCUUUGGCAUCAACUCAACUCGCCGUGUUUGGAGGAGGAGGAAUGCUGCCUAUGACCCCAAGAACACCAUCCCCACCGUCAAAAAUGAAGGUGGAAACAUUAUGCUUUGGGGGUGUUUUUCUACUAAGGGGACAGGACAACUUCACCGCAUCAAAUGGACGAUGGACGGGGCCAUGUACCGUCAAAUAUUGGGUGAGAACCUCUUUCCCUCAGCCAGGGCAUUGAAAAUGGGUCGUGGAUUGGUAUUCCAGCAUGACAAUGACCCAAAACACACGGCCAAGGCAACAAAGUGGCUCAAGAAGAAGCACAUCAAGGUCCUGGAGUGGCCUAGCCAGUCUCCAGACCUUAAUCCCGUAGAAAAUCUGUGGAGGGAGCUAAAGAUUUGAGUUGCCAAACGUCAGCCUCGAAACCCUAAUGACUUGGAGAAGAUCUGCAAAGAGGAGUGGAACAAAAUCCCUCCUGAGAUGUGUGCAAACCUGGUGGCCAACUACAAGAAACGUCUGACCUCUGUGAUUGCCAACAAGGGUUUUGCCACCAAGUACUAAGUCAUGUUUUGCAGAGGUGUCAAAUACUUAUUUCCCUCAUUAAAAUGCAAAUCAAUUUAUAACAUUUUUGACAUGCUUUUUUCUGGAUUUUUGUUGUUGUUAUUCUGUCUCUUGCUGUUCAAAUAAACCUACCAUUGAAAGUAUAGACUGAUCAUGUCUUUGUCAGUGGGCAAACGUACAAAAUCAUACUUUUUUCCCUCACUGUAUAUAAUCUCAUCAAUCUACACACAAUACCCCAUAAUGAGAAUGUUGUUUCUCAUGGUCUGAGUCCUUUAGGUGCCUUUUGGCAAACUCCAAGCGGGCUGUCAUGUGCCUUUUACUGAGGAGUGGCUUCCGUAUGGCCACAUAAAGGCCUGAGUGCUGCAGAGAUUGCUGUCCUUCUGGAAGGUUCUCCCAUCUCCACAGAGGAACUCUGGAGCUUUUUCAGAGUGACCAUCGGGUUCUUGGUCACUUCCCUGACCAAGGCCCUUCUCCCCUGAUUGCUCAGUUUGGCCGGGCGGCCUGCUGUAGUAAGAGUCGUGGUGGUUCCAAACUUAUUCCAUUUAAGAAUGAUGGAUGCCUCUGUGUUCUUGGGGACCUUCAAUGCUGCAUAAAUGUUUUGGUACCCUUCCCCAGAUCUGUGCCUCGACACAAUCCUGUCUCUGCGCUCUAUGGACAAUUCCUUCGACCUUAUGGCUUGGUUUUUGCUCUGACAUGCACUGUCAACUGUGGGACCUUUAUAUAGACAGGUGUGUGCCUUUCCAAAUCAUGUCCAAUCAGUUGAAUUUACCACUGGUGGACUCCAAUCAAGUUGUAGAAACAUCUCAAGGAUGAUCAAUGGAAAAAUGAUGCACCUGAGCUCAAUUUCGAGUCUCAUAGCAAAGGGUCUGAAUACUUACGUAAAUAAGGUAUUUCUGUUUUUUAAAAAUUAUACAUUUAAAAAAACAAUCUAAAAACCUGUUUUCGCUUCGUCAUUAUGGGGCAUUGUGUGUAGAUUGACGGGAAAAUUUUGUAUUUAAUACAUUUUAGAGUAAGGCUGUAAUGUAAAAUGUGGAAUAAGUCAAGGGGUCUGAAUACUUUCCGAAUGCACUCCAGUCUCAAAUCUCUUGAAGACUGAAACAGGUUUCCCUCAAGAAUUUCCCUGUAUUUAGCGACAUCCAUCAUUCCUUCAAUUCUGACCAGUUUCCCAGUCCCUGCCGAUGGAAAAACAUCCCCACAGCAUGAUGCUGCCACCACCAUGCUUGGAUGGUGUUCUCGGGGUGAUGAGAGGUGUUGGGUUUGCGCCAGACAUUUUACUUGAUGGCCAAAACGCUCAAUUUUAGUCUAAUCUGACUAGAGUACCUUCUUCCAUAUGUUUGGGGAGUCUCCCACAUGCCUUUUGGCGAACACCAAACAUGUUUGCUUAUUUUUGUCUUUAAGCGAUGGCUUUUUUCUGGCCACUCUUCCGUAAAGCCCAGCUCUGUGGAUUGUACGGCUUAAAGUGGUCCUAUGGACAGAUACUCCAGUCUCCGCUGUGGAGCUUUGCAUCUCCUUCAGGGUUAUCUUUGGUCUCUUUGUUGCCUCUCAGAUUAAUACCCUCCUUGCCUGGUCUGUGAGUUUUGGUGGGCGGCCCUCUCUUGGCAGGUUUGUUGUGGUGCCAUAUUCUUUCCAUUUUUUAAUAAUGGAUUUAAUGGUGCUCUGUGGAAUGUUCAAAGUUUCAGAUUUUUUUAUAACCCAACACUGAUCUGUACAUGGUGCCGCUUGCUUGGUGGUGCCCCUUGCUUAGUGGUGUUGCAGACUCUGGGGCCUUUCAGAACAGGUGUGUGUGUGUGUAUAUAUACUGAGAUCAUGUGACAGAUCAUGUGACACUUAGAUUGCACACAGGUGGAAUCUUGAUGAUUAUGGCUUACAGCUCAUGAAAACCCCAAAUGCAGUAUCUCAGAAAAUUAGAUUAUGACAUAAGACCAGUGAAAAAAGGAAAUGUAAUACAGACAUGGCCUUGGCCUUCUGAAAAGUAUGUUCUUGUACAUGCAGUCAGUACUUGGUUGGGGCUCCUUUUGCAUGAAUCACUGCAUCUAUGCGGCGUGGCAUGGAGUCGAUCAGCCUGUGGCACUGCUGAGGUGUUAUGGAAGCCCAGGUUGCUUCAAAAUACGGCCUUCAGCUCGUCUGCAUUGUUGGGUCUCGUGUCUCAUCUUCCUCUUGACAAUACCCCAUAAAUUCUCUAUGGGGUUCAGAUCAGGCGCGUUUGCUGGCCAAUCAAGCACAGUAGUCCCAUGGUCAUUGAACCAGGUAUUGGUACCUUUGGCAGUGUGGGCAGGUGCCAAGUCCUGCUGGAAAAUGAAAUCAGCAUCUCCAUAAAGCUUGUCAGCAGAAGGAAGCAUGAAGUGCUCUAACAUUUCCUGGUAGACGGCUGAGUUGACUUUGGACUUGAUGAAACACAGUGGACCAACACCAGAAGAUGACAUGGCUCCCCAAAUCAUCACUGACUGUGGAAACUUCACACUGGACUUCAAGCAACUUGGAUUAUGUGCCUCUCCACUCUUCCUCCAGACUCUGGGACCUUGAUUGCCAAAUGAAAUGCAAAAUGUACUUUCAUCUGAAAAGAGGACUUUGGACCACUGAGCGACAGACCAGUUACUUUUCUCCUUAGCCCAGGUAAGACGCUUCUGACGUUGCCUCUGGUUCAGGAGUGGCUUGACACGAGGAAUGCGACAGUUGUAGCCCAUUUCCUGGAUACGUCUGUGCGUGGUGGCUCUUGAUGCACUGACUCCUGCCUCAGUCCACUCCUUGUGAAGCUCCCCCACAUUUUUGAAUGGCCUUUGCUUGACAAUCCUCUCAAGGCUCCUGUUAUCCCUGUUGCUUGUGCACCUUUUCCUACCACACUUCUUCCUUCCACUCGACUUUCCAUGAAUAUGCUUGGAUACAGCACUCUGUGAACAGCCAGCUUCUUUAGCAAUUAUCUUUUGAGGCAUUCCCUCCUUGUGGAGGGUGUUGAUGACUGUCUUCUGCACAACUGUCAAGUCAGCAGUCUUCUCCAUGAUUGUGAAGCCUACUGAACUGGACUGAGAGACCAUUUAAAGGCUAAGGAAACCUUUGCAGGUGUUUUGAGUUAGUUAGCUGAUGAGUGUGACACCUUGAGUCUACAAUAUUGAACUUUUCCACAAUAUUCAAAUUUAUUGAGCUGCACCUGUAUCUUUGAAACAAGUAAUUUUUUUAAUUUCACUAGACCAAUUUGGACUAUUUGUGAAUGUCCAUUACAUUAAAUCCAAAUGAAAAUCAAUUUAAAUUACAGGUUGUAAUGCAACAAAAUGGGAAGAACGCCAAGUGGGAUGAAUACUUUUGCAAGGCACUGUAUCCCUACACUGGUACAAUAUGCAGUGCCUUGCAGAAGUAUAAUAUAAUAUGCCAUUUAGCAUAGUAUUCAGGCCCCUUGGAUUUCUUCACAUUUUAUUGUGUUACAAAGUGGGAUUACAAUGGAUUUGUCCUUUUUUUGUCAACAAUAUACACAAAAUACUCUAAGAUUUGUUUGAAAGCAGUAGCCAUAUCUAGGAAAACCAAAUUGCCAAAGGCUGGGCCUAAUAUAGUGUAUAAGAGGUCAUACAAUAAGUUUUGUAGCGAUUCCUAUGUUUUUGAUGUAAAGAAUAUGUUGGUCCAUGGUGUGUAAUGAGGAGCAAACAGACACUGCACUUGACACAUUUAUGAAAUUGCUUAUUCCAGUUACUAAUAAGCAUGCACCCAUUUAAGAAAAUGACUGUAAAAGCUGUUAAAUUCCCGUGGAUUAAUAAGGAAUUUAAAAAUGGUAUGGUUGAGAGGGAUGAGGCAAAAGGAAUGGCAAAUAAGUCUGGCUGCACAACCGAUUGGCAAAUGUAUUGCAAAUUGAAAAAUCAUGUGACUAAACUGAAUAAAAAGAAGAAGAAACAACACUAUGAAACAAGGAUAAAUGACAAAGAAUUAUAGUAAAAAGCUUUGGAGCUCCUUAAAUGACAUUUUUGGAAAAAAGGCAAACUCAGCUCCAUCAUUCAUUGAAUCAGAUGGCUCAUUCAUCACAAAACCAACUGAUAUUGCCAACUACUUAAAUUUUUUCAUUGGCAAGAUUUACAAACUUAGGUAUGACAUACCAGCAACAAUUGCUGACACUACACAUCCAAAUAUAUCUGACCCAAAUUAUGAAAGACAAGCAUUGUAAUUUUGAAUUCCGUAAAGUGAGUGUGGAAGUGGUGAACAAAUUAUUGUUGUCGAUUUAACAAUGACAAGCCACCGGGAUCUGACAACUUGGAUGGAAAAUUGCUGAGGAUAAUAGCGGACGAGAUUGCCACUCCUACUUGCCAUAUUUUCAAUUUCAGCCUACAAGAAUGUGUGUGCCCCCAGGCUUGGAGGGAAGCAAAAGUCAUUCCGCUACCUAAGAAUAGUAAAGCCACUUUUACUGGCUCAAACAGCUGACCAAUUAGCCUGUUACCACCAACCCUUAGUAAACUAUUGGAAAAAAUGGUGUUUGACCAGAUACAAUGCUAUUUUACUGUAAACAAAUUGACAACAAACUUUCAGCUUGCUUAUAGAGAAGGACAUUCAACACCAUUGUACCCUCCAAGCUCAUUAAGCUCAAGGCCCUGGGUCUGAACCCCGCCCUGUGCAACUGGGUCUUGGACUUCCUGACGGACCGCCCCCAGGUGGUGAAGGUAGGAAACAACAUCUCCACUUCGCUGAUCCUCAACACUGGGGCCCCACAAGGGUGCGUGCUCAGCCCACUCCUGUACUCCCUGUUCACCCAUGACUGCGUGGCCAUGCACGCCUCCAACUCAAUCAUCAAGUUUGCAGAUGACACAACAGCUUCAAGUUCCUUGACGUACACAUCACUGACAAACUGAAAUGGUCCACCCACGCAGACAGUGUGGUGAAGAAGGUGCAACAGAGCCUCUUCAACCUCAGGAGGCUGAAGAAAUGUGGCUUGGCACCUAAAACCCUCACAAACUUUUACAGAUGCACAAUUGAGAGCAUCCUGUCGGGCUGUAUCACCGCCUGGUACGGCAACUGCACCGCCCGCAACCGCAGGGCUCUCCAGAGGGUGGUGCGGUCUGCCGAACACAUUACCGGGGGCAAACUACCCGUCCUCCAAGACACCUACAGCACCCCAUGUCACAGGAAGGCCAAAAAGAUCAUCAAGGACAGCAACCACCCGAGCCACUGCCUGUUCACCCCGCUAUCAUCCAGAAGGUGAGGUCAGUACAGGUGCAUCAAAGCUGGGACCGAGAGAAUGAAAAACCGCUUCUAUCUCAAGGCCAUCAGACUGUUAAAUAGCCAUCACUAGCACAUUAGAGGCUGCUGCUGCCUAUUGAAAUCACUGGGCACUUUAAGAAAUGGAAAACUACUCAUGUCAUAUGUGUAUAUACUGUAUUCUAUUCUAUAAUAUUCUACUGUAUCUUAGUCCAUGCCGCUCUGUCAUUGCUUGUCCAUAUAUGUAUAUAUUCUUAAAUUCCAUUCCUUACUAGAUUUGUGUGUAUUGGGUAUAUGUUUUGAAAUUGUUAGAUAUUACUUGUUAGAUAUUACUGCGCUGUCGGAGCUAGAAGCACAAGCAUUUCGCUACACCCGCAAUAACAUCUGCUAUACACGUGUAUUUGACAAAUACAAUUUAAUUUGAUUUGAAUGGAAGCCUCUCAAACAUAAUCCAGGUAGAAUCAGGAAUUCCCCAUGGCAGCUGUCUAGGCCUCUUGCUUUUUUCCAUCCAUCUUUACUAACGACAUGCCACUGGCUUUGAGUAAAGCCAUUGUGUUUAUGUACGCGGAUGUCUCAACACUAUACACGUCAGCUACUACAGCAACUGAAAUAACUGCAACACUUAACAAAGAGUUGCAGUUAGUUUCGGAAUGGGUGGCAAGGAAUAAGUUAGUCCUGAAUAUUACCAAAACUUUAAGCAUUGCAUUUAGGUCAAAUCAGUCACUAAACCCUAAACCUCAACUACAUCUCGUAAUGAAUAAUGUGAAAAUUGAGCAAGUUGAGGUGACUAAACUGCUUGGAGUAACCCUGGAUCAUAGACUGUCAUGGUCAAAGCAUAUUGAUACAACAGUAGCUAAGAUGGGGAGAAGUAUAUCCAUAAUUAAGUGCUGCUCUGCCUUCUUAACAACACUAUAAACAAGGCAGGUCCUACAGGCCCUAGUUUUGUCGCACCUAGACUACUGUACAAAGAGGUACUUGGGAAAAUUGCAGUUGGCUCAGAACAGGGCAGCACGGCUGGCCCUUAAAAGUACACAUAGAGAUUGACUUCAUCACUGCUUGUUUUUGUGAGAGGUGUCGACGAGCAGAAUGUACCGAGCUGUCUGUUUUGGAAUACUGGCACACAGCUCGGACACCCAUGCACACCCCACAAGACAUGCCACCAGAGGUCUCUUCACAGUCCCCAAGUCCAUAACUGACUAUGGGAGGCACACAGUACUACAUAGAGCCAUGACUACAUGGAACUCUAUUCCACAUCAGGUAACUGAUGCAAGCAGUAGAAUCAGAUUUUUUAAAAACAGGUAAAAAUACACCUUGUGGAACAGCGGGACUGUGAAGACACACACACAGACACAUACAUAUAGACACUCACUCUACACACACGUACACAUGGAUGUUGUAUUGUAAAUAUGUGAUAGUGGAGUAGUGGCCUGAGGGAACACACUAAAUGUAUUGGGUACAGUGUUAUGAAAUAUAAUGUAAUGUAAUAUUUUUAAUUGUAUAUAACUGCCUUAAUGUUGCAGGACCCCAGGAAGAGUAGCUGUUGCCUUGGCAGCAGCUAAUGGGGAUCCUUAAUAAAUACAAAUACGGUGCGUGUGAUAAAUAAAAUACAUUAUUUCGGAAAUACACACCCGCCAAUUUCAUUCCACUAAAUUAUGUAAAUUAGCCUAUAGAUUUUCAAGCAUGGUGGUGGCUGCAUCAUGGUAUGGGUAUGCUUGACAUCGGUAAAUACUGGGGAGUUUUUCAGGAUAAAAAUGAAUGGGAUAGGGCAAAGCACAGGCAAAAUCCUAGACCAAAACCUGCUUCAGUCUGCUUUACGCCAGACACUGGGAGAGGAAUUCACCUUUCAGCAUUACAAUAACCUAUAACACAAGGCCAAAUCUACAAUGAAGUUUCUUACCAAGAAGACAUGGAAUGUUCCUAAGUGGCCAAGUUACAGUUUUGACCUAAAUCUGCUUGAAAUACUAUGGCAAGACUUGAAAAUUACAUUUUAUUUAUUUAAUUGUUAUUUAUCUUUUAAAAAAAGAUUAACAAAAAAUGACAAAUCCACUUUAAUCCCACUUUAUAUCACAAUAAAAUGUGAAGAAGUUCAAGGGGUCUGAAUACGUUUGCAAGGCACUACUUUUGAAAGGGGGGGGAGAGGGAGGAUGGUUGAGAGUGGUAUAUUCUACUCGGGUACAAUAUACUGAGUGAGAGGGAGGGAAAGAGAGAGGGUGGGAGUGAUGGAGAGACAGCCCAUUAGGGGAUCAGUUUGAGCUAGGCAAUGUGCAUCCUCUAACCUUGAUCAUGUAAUGAGUAGUUAUUUAGAAUGCAAGGUAAUUUGUAGCUCAUCAGCCUCUAUCUCAAAUGCAUACAUUCUAUUUCUCGCUGUAGGACCACAAGCCGUGUAACCCCAGAGAGAAGGAGCGUAUCCAGAAUGCAGGGGGGUCAGUGAUGAUCCAGAGGGUCAAUGGUUCCCUGGCCGUGUCCAGAGCCCUGGGGGACUAUGACUACAAGUGUGUGGAUGGGAAGGGUCCCACAGAACAACUGGUCAGCCCAGAGCCAGAGGUGUGUGUAUUUAAAAUGCCUUUAUUACUGUGGCACAGCUUUAAAGUAAACUCUAGUUCUUUCUCCUUCUUGAGGUGUGUGUGUGUGUGUGAUCUCUCCAGCUGAGGUGUGUGUGUUCCUCCCCCAGGUGUGUGUGUUAGAGCGUGCUGCAGAGGGGGAUGAGUUUGUGGUGCUGGCGUGCGAUGGGAUCUGGGACGUGAUGUCCAACGAGGAGCUGUGUGAGUUCGUCAGGUCCCGGCUACAAGUGUUUGAUGAUCUGGAAAGAGUCUGCACUGCCGUGGUGGACACCUGUCUGCACAAGGUACAUCCACACUCUAACCCACACUCUAACCCAUGCUCUAACCGACAAUCUAAGCCUCGUUCUCUGUAUGUGUGUGUCUCCAGGGCAGCAGAGAUAACAUGAGUGUGGUGUUGGUGACUUUACCGGGAGCUCCCAAGGUGUCUGAGGAAGCCCUGAAGAAAGAGGAGGAACUGGACAAAUACCUGGAGACACGUGUAGAGGGUGAGAACACACACAUAUACACACCCAUCCUUUCUAAGAGCUUGGACACACUGCGCCGACGAAUGGCUAAUAGCAGCGGGUGGCUGUCGCCACGGUGUGUUAAAGUGACCACCUGCUGGGUGUCGAUGAGCAGUGGCUGUUUUAACAUGUAGAAUCGUCGGGAUAUGAUGGCCGAUAUUCUGGUCAGAUGCAACUGGCCGUCCAUUAUUAUGUUGUGUUUCCACUCUAAUCCUGUGUCUGUCUCUAGAUUUGCUGGGUGGCUGUGGAGAGGAGGGGAUUCCUGACCUGGUGUCUGUUCUGAGGAGCAUCUCCUCUGAGAACAUCCCCAACCUUCCGCCUGGAGGAGGCCUGGCCAGCAAGUAAAUGCUACACACACACACACACACACACACUGAAGAAAACUACUUUAUUGUCAAUUUUCUUUUCAGAUCACAGAAAUGUCUCACCCUUCUUACUUCAUGAAAGUAUGAGAGACUGUCAUGAUUUAUUGAUCCAACUUUUCAAUCAAGCUUCACACAAGCACACAAAUGAGAAUGUCUCUAAUGUGUGUGUGUGUGUGUGGUCAGGCGCAGUGUGAUCGAGGCGGUGUACAGCAGGCUGAACCCACAAAGAGAAGAGGAAGGGGUGAGUAACUCUUCUUUGACCUCUCACCCCUGACCUCCCACCUCCACAAAGACCCACUCCAGCCCACAAUGACCCACUCCAGCCCAGUCACAACAGCACCACUCUUCUGGGCUGGGGUGUGAAUGGGCUUCGAGGACCGUCAAAUACCAAACAUGAUCAAAAUUGAAUAUUUCAUCUAGAGUCGAGACUUGGUUUCACAUUACAUGAAUACUGCUCCCUGAUGUUCCUUCCUACCGUGUCCCAACCUUUUAGAAAAUCACACCAAAGUCCGGGACAGCUUAUGAACAUGAACUAUUUGGCGUAGUCUAGUUUGUGUUUAUUGUGUGAUUGUGUUUGGGGUGUUGGAAGUUGUAGUGGGGAAUGGGAAGGCACUGUUGUAUUCUCCUCUCCCUCACUGGACAAAGACAAUGUCACUACGGGUAGCUGGCUACAGGGGUAGGGGUAGUAUGGUGUGAGAGAGUGUCUGAAGUGUGUGUGAGUGCCUGUGUGUGUUUGACGCUGGUGUGUGUCUGACACUAGCGUGUGUGUGUGUGUGUGUGUGUGUGUGUGUGUGUGUGUGUGUGUGUGUGUGUGUGUGUGUGUGUGUGUGUGUGGCAUGGUGUUGCCCUGGCCAGGCCUGUGCUGGAGGUGGAGGAGAGGAGGAGAGUGAGGAGGGAGGAGGCAGCAGUACGGCGACCAACCUCUUGGAGGCGCUGCGUCAGUUCCGCCUGCACCACCGGGGGCAGUAUCGCUCGGUGCUGGAGGAAGCCCUGGCCGUCUACCGUCUGCCUGGGGAGAAUACAGCCGACACGGGGGAGGAAUCCUCCUCCUUUACCGCAGACGAUCUCCCUGACUCCCCCCGGCCCUCACCCCCCUCUCCCCCUCCCUCACCCGUCGUCAUCGAGACGCCCGACCCCCCGGAGGCAGAGAAAAGCAAAGACACGCCCUCUCCAUCAGCGCCGGCAGACAUCGACCAACAACCACCUCCGGCUGUAGACAUCGACCAAUCAGAACCUCCAGCGGUAGACAGUGACCAACCAGAACCUCCAGCGGCAGACCUCGUCCCACUAUAUCCUCCAGCUGCUGACCUUGGCCAACCAGAUCCUCCCCCCUCCUAA